CGCAUGCCGAACCAGCAACCUCCCGUGGAAGUUCAUCUCGCCCAGUAUAUGCCCCCCAACUGAAGCCGAGCGCAACAAUACCAAUGCGCUUUGGGUGACACCACUAUCGGUUCAUAGUGUUGCAAAGAAUCAAAACUAUAGUUGCCGAUCAUUACACAGGACCUUGGUCAACCACUCCAAAGGGGCAAACUCAUCUUCUCAUCAAGUGAACGAUGAACGGGAUGAACGGAUUGUCCGCCUUGAGCAACAAUUGGCGCAACAAGCGGCGGAACGGGCAGAAGAGGAACGGAGAAUUAGAGAACGGAUGGCUGAGUUUGAAUGUUUCAACGCCACCUAUCGCCCUACCAUGCACAUUCAGCAACCCGAGAUGACCCCUCAAAUUCCCUUCAUGGGUGGCAUGGGCGGCAUGGGCAGCAUGGGUGGCAUGGGGUACGACAAUUAUAGCCAUCUGUCCAAUAAUUUUCCGUAUUCUUAUUAUAAUCAACCGUUUCAAACUCCCGGAGGUCGCGGCAGUCGAGGGGGAAGCCGAACGGCUAGCCGAGGAGGUGCUCGUGGCGGCAGGGAACCCGAACAGUCCUGACACCUUGGCGAUGAUGACAAUGAUGAU